ACCGGAACCGGAACUUGUCCCCACGUGCUGGCAGUUCAAGCGGAAGAGGGUUUGUUUUGAUGCCGCCAGAUGCUCAAUAAACGUGCUGCACGGAUUCUCCCGUUAUGUGCUCUCUAAUUUGACCAAAAAACAGAUAAAAUGUCUAUAUCGGAGAGUCAAGUCGAUAACAGCUGCCAAGAGGACGAGCAGAAAGCGACAAAAAGAAAAAUCUCUCUCUCARAAUGUGGAGUUUGUGGAUCAGAGGAGGCAAAGUACAGAUGUCCUGCCUGCCUUACCCACACUUGUAGUUUGCUGUGUGUGAAGAAACACAAAGACGGCACAGGAUGCAGCGGAGUUCGAAAUAAAACUGCGUUUGUCUCUCUGUCGCAGUUUGAUGAAAUGGCACUUCUCAGUGAUUACAGGUUUCUGGAGGAUACUGGGAGAUUCUCUGAUGGUGCCACUAGAGACGUUAUGAUCCGGGCUCCUCGAACCACUUUCAAAGCAAAGAGACUGGCUGCUCACGCCAGAAAGAUGAACAUCACUCUGAGAUUCCUCCCCGUCACUUUCACCAAGAGCAAAGAAAACUCGACUUUCUUCCUGCAAAAACAGAAGCAAUGAGAGAGGCUCUAAAGAAUCUGAAUCUGAACAUUGUGGAAAUGACUGAGGAGAAUGCKACACUGGAUGGGGGAGAUGUUCUGUUUACAGGUCGAGAAUUUUUUGUGGGUCUCUCUAAACGAACGAAUCAGAGAGGAGCAGAAAUUUUAGCUGAUGCAUUUAAGGACUAUGCUGUUUCAACUGUGCCUGUUUUAGAGGGGCUGCACCUAAAGAGCUUCUGCAGCAUGGGAGGACCAGGGCUCAUUGUCAUCGGCUCCAGUGAACCAGCUCAGAAGGCCCUCAAAAUCAUGCAGCAAAUGAGUGACCAUCGCUACGACAAGCUGACGGUACCCGAUGACCUCGCUGCCAACUGCGUCUACAUGAACCUGCCCAACAAGGGCCACGUGCUUCUGCACUCCACAGCUGAGCAGUUUCCAGAGAGUGUAAAG